AUGGCGCGCGAAGAAGGGCUGCUUCGCGUUGCCACCGCAGCUGAGGAGCGUUCAUGGCGUCACACUGGCGUCGCGGACCUAGAGUCUGUUGACGCGGCCAUCGCGCUGUAUGAUGUGACGUCCGAGGACAUUCGGAGCCGCAGCUGCCCCGAAGAAGCGGCGGCCCUCAGCUUCGUCGCGGAGACGCGGCGACUCGAGCGCGAGGCUCAGCGCCUGACGGCCAAACUCGACGCCCAAGCAGCGCUCGUGGCGCAGCUACAAGGGACCCACGCGCGCCUCGUGGACGCCGCACCUGCGGCGCAAUUGGCGUGUGCGACUUUGGAUGAAAAGCGCGCUGCGCUGAAAGUGCGCGAGGCUGCGAUCGCGGCAGCGGAAGACGCCAGCAACGAAACCAGCUCGGACUUGGCAAAGUUGCGCAAGCUCAUAUCGUUGCAUACGAGUUUGAAGCUCCAAGAGGCGACCUUCAAGGCGGCCUGCAAGCAAGAGCUCACGGGCCUUCAGGCGCAAGUGGACGCGCUGCCGGGCUUGGAGACUGAUGAGCGCCGCGCGCGCCUGGAGGCCAAGCUAGCCGUUCUCGCGACCAAGCGUACAGCGCUGAAGCAAGAGGUUGGGAAGGAGGCACGGGCCGUCGUUGCUGCGCUUCGGCUCCUUGACGACAUUCCAUGCAAAGUCGAGCUGCUGCAGUACGAGAAGCGGUUUAUGGAGCUCUACGAGGAGGUGGCGCUGACGCUGGAAGAAACACGCAAGUACUACUCGGUGUACAACACACUCGAGGCGACGCACGAGUACCUCGAGAAAGAGGUCGCGCUUGUCGAGAGCAUCAACGCCAACUUUGAGAUUGCGCUCAAGUCCAAGGCGGCAACUGACGUCUUCUUCAGCCAGAUGACCGCCGUCAUUGGCAACGUGCGUGCCAACGUCGCCAAGCAGCAGGUGCAGUGCGACGCCAAGCAGCUCACGGUCGACACACUCGACAGCAAAUAUCAACUGCUGCUCGCCAAGCAGCAGGCGUACGUAACUGCGAUCCGAGACUUUCAGCGCGAAUGCGAAAAGAACGAGAAGCUCCAAGCACAUCUCGACGCGUCGCAGUAA